CGGCAAUUCGCCGCCAACGUCAUGGACCAGCUUCGUCGACACUUGCAUGCGGCGCACGGACUGAAUGUGUGGUACGCGACGGCCAUGGGGCUGUGCGGCUGUCUGGGCCUCCUGCUCCUGGGCUUCAUCUCGUACUGGUGCUUCAAGCUUCGCCAGGACUCACGGCGCCGUCGUUCAGUCGUGCUGCUGUCGAACCGGAACAGCUAUGAAUCGAGCCAUCUCCUACAGCGCGCCAGUCUAGACUGGCCUUCCUCCAUGACAACAUCGUCAAUGAUGACGCUGCCCUUGUCGUCGUCGUCCACGUCGUUGUACCUGUCACCGAUCCCAGAAGAGCUCCGAAGCAUGUGCAGCGAAGACGAUGAGUUUGACGACUUCAAUCGCGACAAAGAGUUCGUCCAGGACUUCUGCGACCAGUCCGAAGACUACGUCUGGCUCGAUAAACCAGCGUUGUACAUGGGCAAGAAUCGAUUGAAACGCAUGUACCUCCUGGGGCGUGCCACGUCAUCGCUGGCCCAGCUCACCAGCCGCGGUCGCUUGGGUGGUGGUGGCGAAAGCAAGCACGUCUUGUGCUCGCUCUUUCCGACCACCGCCGCCGCCAUGCAAGCCGAGGACCUGUCCGCGCUCCGCGCCUUCUUCCAUUACGUCCAGGAACAGUGCCCGCAUGUGCUGCCUGUGCUGGGCAUCCACUUGAUGCCAUCAGCAGACAAGGUGAUGGUGCUCACGCCAUACGUGCCCCAAGGCUCGCUCAAGGAUUAUAUUUACCACCGGUGCAAGACUGCGGUGGUGCAGAUACCAUACCACCAUAAAUACAGACGACACAGUACAGGCAAACCCGUGGGCCACUCGACACUGGCGCGGUACGGCCGUGACAUUCUCGUUGGCAUGCUGGAACUCCAACACGCGGGGCUGGCGUACCCGCAACUCCAAAGCGGCAACGUGUUAUUACACGGCGACCAGGCCACGUUGAGUGGCUACGAAGCGUCGUUCUUUCAACCAGAAUCGCCUCAAGAUGUUUCUCCAGUCACACUAUUUGGCCGCGUGUUCUUUGAAAUGGUGUUUGGCUGCGAAUGGACUGCCAGCCGCCUCAAUCCCGACGGCACGGUCGCGUACGGCACAUUACAGCCGCCUACCGACCAUGUACUACUACUACUAUGCUGUGUUUUUUAGUAUUACUAGUACUAGUAGUAGUCUCACGGAUAUGGGCUCGUAUGUUCCUAUGUGUGUAGGUGCACGAUGUGUUUGGUGCGAUAUUCCAGUCGACAGCAUCGACCGGUCCACCGCCUACGAUUGAGUCCCUACUGUCUCUGCCCCUCUUUCGAAAGCACGCCCUGCAACGGGGCAACCGACCGACAUUUGCAAGGCGGGAUCAAAUGCUCAAGACCGUCGAUGGUGUCGUGGGGAAGCAGCUACCCAGGGAUGCGGUGGCGCGGUCGAGAUCGCAAGAUGGCGCGCUGCCGAUUGUGCUGCAAGUGGCAUAGGAGUUCUACUCGGACGAUUGGUGUGUGCUUAAUAUGAUGUUAGUUACGAUGUUCC